UAAAUCCUCAAAUCCUCACCUGGCGGUUCAUUCCAAGCCAGCAACUAUAACAUAGAAGGCUGACAGAACCAAAGACAAGAAGUUAGCCUCCUAGAGCAGCCCAAACUGGCAUUAAAGCUACUGUAUUAUCUGCAAAUAGAAGGAAUUAUCUCUUUAUUGUCAAUUGUUGCAACAUAAACUCAAUGGGUAUCACAGAAUCAAAAUUUAGUGUCCGUGAUCAGGUUGAAAAGCUGCUAGACAAUCCUUACAAUUGUGACCUAGUUUUAAUCUUUCAUUCACUGGUUACGAAUCCUACUUCACUAAAUGACUUCUUUACAUUAAUCCCAAAUAAGGAUAUCGCAGCUUUACGUGACUCUCAUUCAUUUUAUGCAUUGAAAAUAUUCGUCAAAUCGAGUUUGCAUACAAUAAUGGCAAUAAGUCUUCAGGACCCAGGACAUCUUUCAAAUACUUUAACCAGAAAGGCACUACAGAACUCUAUUCGUUUGCUGAUCAGAAUUCUUCCCUUCUUAUUCACCGCGAAGCCAUCAUUGCACUGGUUUAACGAACUACUUUUAGAUGCACCUGUUUCUUCAAUUGUGUUAUCGGAAUGUCUUACUGAACUCGGAGCAAGGCUUCCGAAUUUAGAUUCAGCUCCCAAGUAUCAGUUUUUUGGAGAACAACUUGCUGCUGCUUUACGAACCAUUGCCUUUCUGCCGCAUGUGACUAUCGCUGAAGACAAUCAAUUGAAUCAACGAUUAUGGGCCCCCGGUAUUGGACUCUCAACCACGUCAAAUUCAAGUUCUAAAGAGCUUGUUAAUAAUCGAGUAGAGUACUUAACUCUACUUUGUGUCCUUUUCUCAGAAGUACUGUAUCAGCCCAAAGAACACUGCUUUUCCCUUCUAUUAUUCUUCUUCUCCACUAAAAAUGAGAAGGUUUUCAUUCUUGACUUUUUGUGUUCUUUAACAAAUACUGCAUUUCAGAAAACUUCAUUCAUCUCCUUGAAGUAUUUUUCGGGUCAGCAAAGAGAACUCUCCGUUCUCAGUUUGCGGAUACUAAUUCUACUGCUCUCAUAUACCCCCCUACGAAUUGAUCCAUCUUUACUUGCCAAGUUGCAGGACAACAAUGUUCAAGUUUUAGAGAUGCAAAAUUAUUAUGUUUUUUAUUACGAAAAGCUACACAGGUCUACUGACUUGGAAUUUAUUGUCGGAGGUAUUGAACAGCACACUACAUCUUCUCUCAAACAUACCUCUUGGUUUCGUCCCCUCGAAAGAGAGUUUUGUCUAGGUGCCCAAGAUAACCUUUAUCUCUUUCUUAUACUCUGCACCUUUCAUAAGCGUUUACUUCGGCACUUGUCCAGCUCCAAACAUCUUCACCAACUUGUUUUGAAUCUUUUGUACUUGAUUGUUAAAUGCUCUAGUGAAGGGGGCGACAAGCAUGUCUGCAAAGUAGUUUACUUGAUACUUCGCAAGUUGCUUUUGAUUCCUCAAUUGGUAUCUUCUUUGUGCAAGCCGGCUCAAAACCUUCAAGUACCUUCCAUGGAUUCUUACAUUCCGGGCUUUCAAAACAAUGUUGGAGAUUAUGUAAUUUCUACAACGGCCACUCUUCUAAAACUGAAAGCUGAAGAGUAUUCCUCUUUGUUUCCUAUAUUAAUGUCCACUCUACAGCAUGCUAAUGGAAUUUCAUUGAGUACACUUGAUGCCGUGCUAGAUCUCCUUUCGACUAUGCUUCAACCAUCGUCACUGUUUUUAUCUAAAAACAAUGCAAUUAAGCUUAUUCAUUUGUUGAGUGCGCUUCAAUUGUACGCAUCAAAUGAGGGAAUAAAAAAUAACGGACUAGCCCUUGCGUUCGCAAAAAUAAAAAACCAUCUUCUUCCUUUAUUGUCUCUUGAUAAACAGGAGAUGGAGAAGAAAGCUAGUCAGUUUCUUCCUCAGUUUUACACUGAAAGCACUGCUGACCUGACGUCUUUAAUCCAUUGGUAUGGUGGUUUAUUUAAUGACAAAUUUACGGUGUUGAUUUCGUUUAUUGAGAAUUCGGAUUCGCCAAACCCUAUCAAUUCGGUCAUUAACUCCUCGGCGGAAGCUUGCAAUCAGAAAACGACAGAGAACUUUGAAUUGUGGAAUCAAUCUGUACAUUUCUGGUUUAUUGCAUCCUACUGGGGGCAAAUACUUCGCACUAGUUCCUUCCAAGACGGUGUACUGUCACCCUGGUAUGGAACUCAACCGUGUCUGAUACAGGUGAAAAGCCAACAACAAUCGUCUAUAUCUUUCGGAAACGCAUUGACGGUUGACACGUUGACAAGCAUAAUGUCCCUUCCGUUUAACAAUCACUAGCAGACUGAUCCAAAGUGUUUACUAGUUAGUCUUACGAGCCCAUGAUUAUUAUUAUAUAUUUAUACGAAGUGUGAUAUAUUAUUCAGCUAAAAAGAAUGAUUUAAAACCCAAAAAGAUAAAUAAGUACGUAAUCAUCCAUAUUAAUUACACGUUUAAGAACUGCUCAGCCAAAACUUCGUUCUUCUCAGCAAGUU